AUGCCAUCCCCAAGUACAGCAGGUCUCCAGUGCCUCUUUCUACUGGUCACAGCAUGUUGUCAGACAUCACAGGACUCAAACUUCAACCCAUUCAUGCAAUAUAUAAUUGACAGUGCACUAGGACAGGAAAGCUUCCAGCCAGAGAUGCAAAGGCAAAAGAGAAACAUGCUACUAUUUGACCUUCCCCCUAUGGAAUACACUGUUGACGUUGAACUGAGCCUUAUGGAUUUAUCUUACCUGGAGAAAAUCAAAGACUAUUUCAAGAAGCUUAGUUUUCCAGUUUCAACAAAUAUUUCAAAUGUUGAAAUGACAGUUUCAAACAUCAACGUCACAACAGUCUGUCUGCCCAGUGGUGAGAACAGUAGCUGCUGUUCCUGUGAAGAUGGAUAUGCCUGGCCAAGCUCAGAGUGCCACCACUUGAUGGCCUGCCCUUCUGCCAGCCCAGCACACAACCUGCCCUGCGGCUUCAUGAAGGAAAUGCCCUUCUCUGGGCCUUACUGUGAGCCUCGGACUGAAGACUCAUGUGGUAUGGGAAAGCCCAGUGUAAUGAGUAUGUCAGUCAGACUCGAGACACACUUUUGGGAUGAUCUCAGGAAUUCUUCUUCUGAUUUAUACAGAAAAUUCAAAGCUGACCUUGAAAAAGCGUUUAAUGCUGGCUACAGAUGUUUACCAGGCUUUGUAUCAGCAACAGUAACUGGUUUCAGGCCUGGAAGUGUUUUUGUGAACUACGAAGUAAAAGCAGGAGCAGCAAACUUUCAUCAGAUAGCAAAUUCCAACAAAAUGGUACCACAGUUUGUAGAUGGAUCAUAUCAGAUAAACCCAACUACCUUCACAACAGAAGUAACUGAUCAGACAAACUUCACCGUGACACAUGUAGACAUUUUUGAAGGGGAUACAGUAGAACUGACUUGUGAGAUAAAUUCAACAUCUGAGAAUGUGACCUGGCAUCACUUUGAUGAGAUCAUCUCACCCGGUUUGCCGUAUUUGGUGGAGAAAAGACUGUCAAGGAGAACCUCAAAAUCAAUUCUUAAAAUCAUCAACAUCAAGAUGAAAGAUGCUGGUUCCUAUAGGUGCACUUUCUCAACCAGCAAUCGGUUUCACACACUGCUCUACAAGGCCACAAAAACAAUAGCAGUCUCUCCUCUGUACAUCACUUCAAACUUGAACGAGACUAAUGUUAUCUGCAACAGUCCUGAAAUGCAGAGGAACAGUCCUGUCCUGUCCUGCUGUGUUGACAAACACCUACCAUCGCUCGCUGUUGAGUGGAAAGUAAGCGGAGCAAUCAAUAUUACAGGAGUCUCCAGCUCCAGUACAAACUGCACGGAAUACAAGCUCAACAUCAGUGGCUCACUGUGCAUAGCUGAGCAGUCAGGUACAGUGACGACCUACACGUGUGAGCUGCAGACCGAGCACGGUGCCACGUGCAGCCGCGACAUCCGAGUGACAUACUACCGGGCAGCCCAGGUAACAAUACCUUCAAGCACAAAGCUUCUCGUUUCUGAGGGGUGCGGAUUCAACGUAACGUGUGAAAGCGACAUGAGUGACUAUGAAAGCAUCAGCUGGGAACUCCAGUCUGGAAAUACGAAAAUAGUAAUCGACUCUGGGGCCCGCAUCAAAAAUAGCAGAUUUCCAGCUACAUCUGUGCUCGAGGUGAAUACUGCCACACAGGACUGGAAUGGCACCUACAUCUGCACAUUCUCCCAGAAGUUCUCGAACAGUUCUGCCAAUGUGACAAUCGAGGUCAUUCCUCUGCCUCUGCAGGAGCAAAUCGUGAUAAACCCCAUCGAAGCAUCUAUUCAGUGCAAAAUGCCACAAACCCUGGAGUGCUGUGUGGAUGCUAACACCACGAAAGAUUACAGUGUUAUAUUUGUGGUUCAACAAAAGGAAUGUAAAGCUGGGAAAAACCAAAAAGGAGAGUAUUUCUGCUAUGUGUGCAAUUACACAGAAACAGAAUGUGACAAAGACAACCUCACAGCAUAUUGCAAGUUUAUUAACCGCCUGGGACAGGAAGUCAAGAGUGACAAUAUAAGUCUGAAUGUGAUACCUGAUCAGGAAGCUUCAUGCUCAGAUAACUUUGGCAUUGGAAGAGAAGGGAGCACAAUAAAAAAGCCGUGCUGCGAGUUUUUAAACACUACAGGUGUUUGUACCGAAGGAAACAGAAUCUACAAGUGCUGCAACAAGUCAUGGAAGCCUGAAAAGGAUUACUGUGUCUCUGUAUCAGUAAACAGGCUGCUGACUAGUGCUCAGGCCUUGGUCACCAGUCCUCAGGCAAAAGCAAUGCUACCUGACUACCUUAAAGAGCUGAUGAAAAACACAAAAAAGGAGUUGAGUGACACAAGCAGCUCUUCUGCAAACCUGGCUGCGAUCGUGAAAAUCCUGGAUAAGAUCUCCUCUAUCCCAGCAGAGGCAAACGAGUCCAUUAUUCAAAAUUUCCUCUCCACAGUGGAUUUAGUUGUGGCUGAUUCCACAACUAAAGCUUGGGAUGACCUGAAUAAAGAGAUGAAAACCAAAAGUUCUUCGUUACUGAAGUCAGUGGAAAAUUUUUCCUUGCACCUCCAACCAGUUAAUAACAACAUCCCUCAUGUCUUGGCAAACAGCCUUCAGCUACAAGGUAUAGUUGUCACAGAAAACAGCAGCACAGAUUAUUAUAAGAACUUCAGCAGUACGGAAAACCUCACAGCUACUGUCCUCAUUAGUGAAAAUGAAAUUCAGACUCUAACCCAAAAUUCAACAAUUGUCAGUGUGAUGUACUCAAACCUUGGACGUAUUUUGCUAGGGAAUAAGGAUGAGCAUGUCAAUGGCUUAGUGAUAUCAACAACUGUGAGCAGCAACAGAAGCCAAAAGUUCAACAUCAGUAUGACCUUUGCAAAGAAAAACUUGUCUCUAACAAAUCCCCAGUGUGUCUUUUGGAACUUCAGUCUCAAUGGAGGUGGCUGGGAUCCUCAUGGCUGCACACCCAGAGACUUGAAUGAUUCUGCUGAUUCUGUUAUUUGCUCCUGUAAUCACUUGACAUCAUUCUCCAUGCUGAUGUCAGAACAAAGAUCCUCGGAAAAGUCUGAAACUUAUAUUACCUACAUUUGCCUGGGCAUUUCAGUUCUGAGUUUGGUGACCUGCAUUAUAAUUGAAUCCUUGGUCUGGAAACACGUGACAAACAACACAACCUCCUACAUGCGCCACGUCUGUAUACUCAACAUAGCCAUAUCACUCCUGAUUGCCAACGUCUGGUUCCUUGUCACUGACUACAUCAAGACCACAAACCAGCAGAUGAGCAGAGAUUUCUGUCUUGUGGCCACCUUCUUCAUCCACUUAUUCUACCUGUGUGUCUUUUUCUGGAUGCUCAGCCUGGGCCUCAUUCUUUUCUACAGACUGGUCUUCAUCUUACAUAACACGAGCAAGACUGCUCAGAAAGCACUGGCAUUCUGCCUAGGAUAUGGGUGUCCCUUUGUCAUUGCAGUCAUCACCAUCACUGUCACUCUGCCGAGGAACAGUUACACAACAGACUCCUGCUGGCUUAAAUGGGAUGAGAGCAAAACUAUCUUGGCCUUCGUCAUACCUGCCCUGAUGAUUGUGGCCACGAAUUUUUUCAUCACCACAGUUGUUAUAAUAAAAAUACUGAGGCCAACUAUUGGGGAUAACUCAAGCAAGCAGGAGAGGAACUCUUUGUUUCAAAUUGGCAAAAGUGUGGCCAUCUUGACACCACUGCUAGGCCUCACCUGGGGCCUGGGCCUUGUCACCAUGAUCGAAAACAGCCAUCCAGCUUUCCACAUCCUCUUUGCUCUGCUCAAUGGCUUGCAGGGAUUAUUCAUUUUGGUGUUUGGGACUCUCUGGGACAAGAAGAUACUAGAAGCCCUGCUGAAGAAGAAUUCAAUCUCCAAAUGGAGUUCACAGCAAACAAAGUCAUCCUCCUUGAUCCUGGUGACACCAAUGCUUGCUAUGAGCUAUCCAUUUUCAAGAACCUUUAACAAUUUAUGUGGCAAAACAGGGAAAUACACAGUAUCUUCUUCAGAGCCAUCCAGCUCUUCCUCUGAAAACACUUCCAAGGCAUAUUCUUUGCUUAACUGA